AUGACCCCGCCGAGCCGCCCGCGCGAGGCGCGUCGGCGCUUCGCUGCAGCGCUCGAGCAGCAACUGAGCCACGCGCAGCUGCACGAGGGCGAGCAGUGGUAUCUCGUGUCGUGUCUGUGGUGGACGCGCGUGCUGGGAGCGCCUCCACGCGACGACGACGACGACGACGACGACGGAGAGACUGCCCCGUGUGCGCGUACUGAGUGCGAUGCGCCCGUGACGAACGCCGUGUUGUUGGAGGUGGACCUGAGCAGUCGGCCGCGCCACGUGGCAGUGCUUCGGCCUAUGCUGGUUGAAAACACCCAUUUUCGGCUCGUGAACACACACGUGUGGCAGCAACUGGUCGACCAGUUUGGGUGUGACUGGGCGAUUGCCCGACCGGUAAUUGCGCGCGGAGCGGCUGCGACGACGUGUGUGGUGGACGUCCAUUUGAUGGCGUUUGAGGUGCUGGUGUGGCAUUCAGGGCUAGCAGAACCGGUGGAACUCGUGGAUAGCGAGCAGAAAGCUGUGAUACUGUUGGUCAGCAAGACGUGCUCGUUGCACAAUUUGCAGCUACAGAUCUGGCAAUCUGCCGAACUCGAAUUGAGAAAGCUGUUUCCAAACGUGACGGAGAAGACGGUUAGGCAGGUGCUGCAAGUGUGCUACAGGCUGAGAGAGAGCUCGCCCUGGAUGCGGUUGAGCGAUGCAGUAGAUAGAGAGGAUGAUAAAAAGGCAAGUAGUGGCUUUACGGGUACGACAGGUCCGGAUAUGCUGGUCAAAAAUGCGACGGUAGCAGACUUGCAGUUGGAACCGCGCGAUUACAAGCCCGGGAAAGAGAAGUUGCACUAUUUGCUGGUAGAAGGGCGAUUUACAGCUACAGAAGAGAGCGAAGGGUCCGAUUGGCGACAUGGAAGAUUUUACAGUGAGAUCAAGGCAGACGAGUGGAGAUUCGCGUUGGAAAAGAACCAGCUCAUUGACGCGCUUGAUACGGACCACAAGUGGUACGAGUCCCGCGUGGUCGAUUUGGACCCCGUUAGCGUACAAGUGCAUUUCCGUGGGUGGACAGCAAAAUGGGACGAAUGGAUCAAGCGCACGUCCACGCGUAUUGCACCACUCCACACUAAGGUUCCGAACUGGCGCGAUUUCCAGGUUGGUGACGAAAUUCUUGUGGGCAGGGAAGUAGCUACUAAGACCUACCCAGAGUGGAGUAUUACCCACGUCAUAGAUCGCCAACAAGUCACACAUGACGGAUCGCUCCGGAUCAGGAUCAACGUGGAUGGCACGAGGCGGUGGAUUGAUGCACAAGACGAACUGCUGUGUCCAGUGGGUACGCACCCAGCGGUCAACGCUUCUGCAGUUGGCAAGCCAUGCGCGCCUUCUUUUUCGCCUGCAAGCUCUGUAUCGCGAUAUGGACAGGAUUACGAUGCAGAUCGAGGUCGUCCAGAAUUUGAGGGCGUUGUCGGGCUGUCCAAUUUAGGGAACACGUGUUUCAUGAACAGCAUGCUGCAGUGUUUGAUCAACACACCGCCCCUUCGACAGUAUUUUCUAAUGAAGGAUCCCGUGACUGGGCGACCUUUUUUCACAAAGGAGAUCAACCGAGAUAACCCGUUGGGCAUGAAAGGCAUCAUGGCGGUCGACUUUGCGAGCUUGCUACGCAAGAUGUGGAGCAACGAAUUCAAGAUUGUCACUCCGACGAAAUUGAAAUCAGUGAUUGGUCAGUAUGCACCCCAGUUCGCGGGGUACCAACAGCAUGAUAGCCAAGAACUGAUGAACUUCUUACUAGAUGGUUUGCACGAAGACCUUAAUCGCGUCAAGUCGAAGCCGUAUACUGAGCCUGUGGAGGGGAAAGGCCGCAGCGAUUUGGAAGUGGCGCAGGAGGAGUGGAAGCAAUUUUUGCGCCGCAACGAUAGCAUUAUUGUGGACAACUUCAUGGGACAGCUUCGAAGCCACGUAACGUGCUCAAAUGUUGCUUGUGGGAAUGAGUCGGUCACUUUUGACCCUUACAUGAGUUUGUCGGUGCCGAUUACAACGAACGAAACGCUUACUGUCGAAGUGCAGUUGUUCUGGGCCAACGGUGAUAUCCCGAUGAAGUACGCUGUGCGUCUUCCGAAAGAUGGUUGCUCUCUACGAGAUGCAAAGGUGAAAUUGAGCGAGCUUUCAUGCAUUCAUAUCUCGCGAAUCAUCUUCGUCGAGGUAUGGAACCAUCGAAUUCUCAAAGCCUAUUCCGACAAGAUGUGCAUCGACCGCCUGCGUGACGGCGUCCUUCACGCAUACGAGCUAGAAUUGCCGAUGGCAGAGUACUCUUUCUCAUCACCCGCCAUCCGACCGCUCCAUGGACAGCAAAGACUGGGCACGAUGGAAUCCGAGCCAGUACCGGCAAAGCAAAUGCAUCUAGUAGAGCUGCUGCACCUGGCACCGGUUGCGUCACCAGUGAAUGGGCAGACCAGUGCCAAUGGCAAACGGGGUGAAGACCGAUAUGGAUUGAAGCAAAGGCGAGUGGAGGUAGAGCUAUUUAAUACACCGCUUCUUGUGUCGAUCGGCCAGAAAUGGACAAAAGCGGAAAUUCAUCGAAAAGUGUGGCAGAUUGUCCAUCGCCUCGUGGCCACGAAGAGAUCGGGCAGUGACUCCGGGGCCGAUUUUGGCUGUCGCAGAGACCAACAGCUGCCAUACCGUUUGCACGUGACUGACCCAAAUGGCGCAAUUACGUUCAUGAGUGACCUGUCCCGCGAUGACGAAGUCGUGGAUGUUCCUGACAGCACAAGUACGCCGUUUCGGUUUACGCUUGAGUGGAAACGCGAUGGCUACCAACGAGGAUACGAUGAAACGUCAGCAAAGCGAAUUGCACUUCACCAGUCGAUGGCGAACCUGAAAUUAUCGCCCGGAGCUGGCCCCAUCACGUUGCUAAGUUGUUUGACCAAAUUUACGGAACGCGAGCAGCUUGGUGAAGCGAAUACGUGGUAUUGCCCCAAGUGUAAGCAGCACGUGCGCGCGUUCAAGAAGUUCGACCUCUUCUCGCUUCCCAAAGUAUUGAUUUUCCACUUGAAGCGCUUUCGCUAUGCCCAAAACUCGUUCUAUUUGCAUCGCGAUAAGAUUUCGACGCUGGUAGAGUUUCCCGUCGAAGGCUUGGAUCUGUCGGAGUUUGUGGUCGGGCCGCAAAAUGGCUCGAAGCCUAUCUACGAUCUUUACGCAGUAUCCGAACACGUGGGCGGUCUAGGUGGCGGUCACUACACUGCCGUCGCGAAGAAUCCAGAAAACAAGUACUGGUUCAACUUCAACGAUAGCCACACCAGUCCGACGUCAGCAGAGAAUGCCGUGUCAGCGCGAGCAUAUGUGCUGUUUUAUAUUCGUCGUGACCAGGUUUAA